UGUCGGCUGCUCGGCCUGCGGCGCGUUUCCGCUUCCGGCCGUUGCCAGGGCGGCGGCGUUGCUAGGGGAGGCCCGGCCGGCCCCGCCAUGGCGGGGAACCGCAUGCAGAAGAUCGGGAGCGUGUUCAGCCGAACACGGAACCUGCUCCGCAUCGGCGUGAUCGAGAAGCCGCUCUGGUUCGACGUUUACGCCGCCUUCCCCCCGCUGCGGGAGCCCGUCUACCGCGUGCCGCGGCCGCGCUACGGCAAGGUGACGGAUGUCAUCCGCUCCAUCUUCUACCAGGAGGAUGAAGUGCGAGCGAGAUUUUACCGAGUUUAUGGCAGCGGCCCGAGGCCUUUUGACCUGUCACAAUUGAACCACAAAUCAACCUGCCAGAGGUUUGUUGAGAAAUACUAUGAACUGAAGGAAGAAGGAAAAAUUGAAGAGGAAAAAUUGUUUGAGGAAACAGGAAAAGCCCUUUUGGCCAGUGGAAUAAUUCUACAGAGGAGAGGAACGGACAAGGUAGCACCACAGGAUCAUCAGGACAAUGAAACCAGAGCCUCGGUGUUACACCUGCAGCGUCAAACUCUGUUGGAGGAGGUACAGAAAAAGAAGGAAGGUCAGGAGGAGCGGACGCCAGAACUGGCAGAAGCCCAGAAGAAUCCCUCACCAUCCUAGCGGCUGUGCCAUUGUCCUGUAGUGCUCGGCUGCAGGCAGUGCCCUGCUGGUGGCAGUCACCUGCUUGGCAGCCGGUGUUUCUGCCUCCACGAUCUCAUGGUUACGAGACAUUUUCUUACAGGGAUUAUGCCUCCACUCUCUGGCUCCAGUGCCUUCUGUGAUCAUGUGUGGGGCACACGUUUGUGUCUUCCAAUUUCCUCAUUUGUAAAAUGGGAGAAAAUUAAUUUUUUUUGGAGGUUCAAGGAUGUUAUCUGAGAUUGUGAAUUGGAAAACAUGAGUAUAAAAGGAGAGAAUUAAACAUUUUCUUUAAAA